CUCCAGUUCACACACUGCUCUGUUUCCGAUGCUGUGGCAGGUUGAGAGUUGUCACGUUACCCAGUUCCUAUAAAACACAUUUGGAGUUGUUUUCCAGACAGAGGUUGCUUGCUAAUCAGGUUCCAACUCCACCCCGCCACCCCACACAAGUUACAUAGACAAAUAAUGAAACUGAAAUAAUUGAUUUUAUCUCUGUCUUUCCAUAAGCACUUUGUUCCAGUUUUACUUUCUAUCAGCUACAUAACAGAAGCAUCCCUAUAAAUUGGUAUCAGUCCUAUCGGAGCCCCAGUAGCUUGGCAGGACGGCACAGCAGCUGGAAGGCGCUCCAGAGGCUGCAGGAGGAGCACACGUUUGUUCUCCAGGCAAAGAGGUGAGACACAGAGGAAAGUGUUUGGACGUUAAACCAUGGCCGGGUCAGCUGACACCAUUGAGAUGCCGGCUCUGGGCCGCCCGUUCCAGCUGGGGAUGCUGUACGACUGCCGCAGUGACUCCCUCAUCCCAGACAUCACUUUAUGGGACCUGGAGACACUUCAGAAACAUGUAGACACAAAACCACAAUCCAAGACUGAAUUUCAGAUUCUUGCAUCUGACACCACUGAAGACAAGGCCUCUGCCCUCAAUGUCACAGCAUCACUGAAGGCCAGUUUCCUGUCUGGCCUGGUGGAAGUGAAUGGAUCCGCCGAAUAUUUAAGUGAUACCAAGACAUCAAAACAUCAAGCCCGUGUUUCUCUCCAGUACUCAACUACAACACACUUUAAGCAGCUGAGUAUGAGCCAGUUAGGGCACCAUAAUAUCUCUUACCCUGAUGUGUUUGACCAAGGCACGGCCACCCACGUGGUCACGGCUGUGCUGUACGGGGCGCAGGCUUUCUUUGUCUUUGAUCAGGACGUUUCUUCAUCUGAGAACAUACAAGACAUACAGGGAAAACUCCACGUUAUCAUUAAAAAGAUACCCCUGGUUUCCAUAGAGGGGGAAGGAGCUCUCAAAAUGGAUGACACGGAAAAAGCACAAGCUGAAAAACUUAGUUGUAAGUUUUAUGGUGAUUUUGCUCUUGAGAACAAUCCAGUUACUUACCAAGAUGCCAUGAAAACAUACUCCACCCUCCCCAAGCUGCUGGGUGCCAGCGGGGAGAAGGCCGUACCGGUGAGAGUCUGGCUGUACCCGCUGACCAAGCUGGAUUCCAGAGCUGCUCAGGUCAUGCGUGAGAUCAGCACAGAACUGAUCUUUGAUGUUCAAACAGCCCUGGAGCAACUGACAGAAUUAGACAUGCGAUGCAAUGACGCAUUGAAGAAUCCAAUUGCCUCAACCUUCCCCGAAAUCAAGAGUAAAGUCCAGCAAUUCAGAGAUCUGUGUAAGCAACACAGACAAACUUUCCAGAAACAGCUAUCAAGUAUCUUACCCUCCAUCCGUGGAGGUGGAGAAGAGGAAGGGGCCCUGGUGGACAUAUUAACCUGCAAAAACCGAUCACCAUUCAAUACCCAGCAACUCAAUGAAUUUCUGGAUAAAAAGGAACGAGAAAUGAAUUUUGUCAAUUUCUAUGUUUCUGCCCUAAAGGAUGUGGAAGUAGUGUCCUCCCAGAAUAAACUGGAUGAAAUAGUAGUUGAUCUUAAGAAUGACUUUGUUGUCUCCUUUAUGUUCACUUCAUUACAUGAAGAGGAACCAUAUUUAUCAGAUUUAAAACUCCACCUUCAGACCCAGUUUAUGAAGAAUACCCAAGAUCCUGCAUCAGUCAGUUCUGUCAGCGACAAAUCCAAACUGUGGUUUGAGGACAAACAGCGGAAACAAAAUGCCCGAAAAUCUGCAAAAUCCAUUUCAGACUUUGCCCGUGUCAAUAAAUCUAAUGGGAAGACUAGAUUCAUUGUGGCCUCGGUCCCAGACAGGGACAAUCAAGGAGCUUCAAUUUACCUCUAUGAAAAUGGAGACCUGGUCAGCACUAACUAUGAACCUCCAUCAAAACCUCUUUCUCUCCUGAUUGAUGGAGUCAGACAUGACUGUGUGCAGCUCACCUUUAACCCAGCAGCCUUUGGAAGGGAGGAGAUAUCUUGCUAUCGGGUAGAGUACAGAAUGGUAGGGCAGGAGAACUGGACAGUUGUGGAUGUAAAUAACAAAGAAGGGACGUUCACAGUAACAGGGCUACGUGCAAACACCGAGUACCAGUUCCGAUACGCUGCAGUGAGCAAAUCAGGGCUCAGCGAGAGCAGCGACGUGAGUGAUCCUGUGAAGACACUUCCCCCGACCAGCCCUCCUGGGAAGCCAGAAAAAGUUACUGUAGAAUCAUCAGCCAUCGCCCUCACCUGGGAGAGUCCAAGUGUCAUUGCAGAUGGAGUCAGUAUAAGGGAGUAUAAGGUGGACUAUAAAGAGGAAGCUGGAGGUGAGCAGAAAGACAAAUGGCUGGAACGAAGGACGGGCGAGAGAACAGAGUUCUGUACCAUUGGUGGACUGAGGCCUGAGACUCCCUACAGAUUCCGGGUGUCGGCUGUGUGUGCGGAUGGGGCUGUGAGUGCCCCAAGUGAGGAGGUUAUUGUUUCAACACAAAGAAAAGAAGAAUCAAAUAAAUUAGCACGCUCUCUCCGCAAAAAGAGCAAGCUCAUAAAAAAAGGGCAGCCAUCAGUCUAUGCCCUUCCAUUAGAGAAGAUAGCAUUAGGUCCUAGGUCAUCUUAUCUGAAGUGCAGACUUGGAGAAAAGACACAUCAUGUCCCUAAAAAAGUGAUUAUGGUGAUGGGAGCAACUGGAUCAGGGAAAACUACACUCAUCAAUGGGAUGAUCAACUAUGUCCUGGGUGUGCAAUGGAAAGAUGAAUUCAGGUUCAAGCUAAUUCAUGAAAUUACAAACAGAAGCCAAGCCCAGAGCCAGACAUCUGAAGUGACUGCCUACGAGGUCAAUUGCAAGAAGGGCUUCAAAGUCCCUUAUUCCCUGACUAUAAUAGACACCCCGGGAUUUGGUGAUACUAGAGGAAUUGAACAUGACAUAAAUUUAACUGAGCAGAUCCGAGCAUUUUUUUCCACCCCAGGGGCCAUUGAUCAAAUAGACGCCGUCUGCUUUGUAGUUCAAGCCUCCUUAGCUCGUUUGACACACGCCCAGAAGUACGUGUUUGACUCAGUGCUCUCUAUCUUUGGGAAGGAUAUAAAAGACAAUAUACAAAUCCUGAUCACCUUCGCAGAUGGACAGACGCCCCCUGUCCUGGAGGCCAUUAAAGAGUCUGAGGUGCCUUGUACUAAAGAUGCUCAGGGUGUCCCUGUUCAUUUCAAAUUCAACAACUCCGCACUGUUUGCCAGCAAUGCUGGAGCUGACGAGGGCAGCUGUAAUUUUGAUGCAAUGUUCUGGGAAAUGGGAGCGAUCAGCAUGGAGACUUUUUUUAACUCCUUAAGAUCUUUAAAGACUAAAAGUUUAACAUUAACCCAGGAAGUUCUCGGGGAACGGAAGAAGCUCGAGGUUGCUGUGCAAGGGCUGCAGCCACAAAUCAAAGCUGGCCUGACAAAGCUAGAGGAGCUAAGACAGACUGAGCGAGCUCUGGAACAGCACAGGGGUGAUAUGGAGGCCAAUAAAAACUUUGAGUACGAGGUAGAACGAACAGAGGCAGUGAAAGAAGAUAUCAGUGGCACAGGUUUGUUUAUAACAAACUGCCAGGUGUGUCACUUCACAUGUCACGAUGACUGUGCAUAUGCUGAUGAUAACGACAAAUACCGUUGUUCGGCUAUGGACCGUUCUGGAAAUUGCAGGGUUUGCCCUGGUAAAUGUGUGUGGGACAUUCACUUCAAUCAAAAGUACAAGUGGAGAUAUGAAGUCAAAAAAGAGAAAAAAACCUUUGCAGAGCUGCAGGAAAAGUACAAAAAGGCCUCUGGUGAGGUGAUGACAACUGAGAAGAUAUUUGAGCAGCUUUAUUGGGACUACACUGAAGUAGAAGAGAUAGUGCUCGAGCUUAUUGAGAGAUCAUCUCUCAGCCUCCAACGUCUGCAAGAAAUUGCCUUAAAACCAAAUCCGCUGUCCACUCCAGAAUACAUUGACCUGAUGAUCAUGUCAGAAGAGCAGGAAGUGAAGCCUGGGUACCAGGGACGCAUAAAAUCACUGAAGGAGGUGAGAGAACAGGCUGUGAUAAUAACCAAGAUCGCCAAUAACGAGGACUUGCUGCCAGCAGAGAAGGAAAAGUACAGGAAGCAUGAAACACUAGAGAAGGGAAUCAUGAAUUUUGGCAAGAAGCUCAAAGAAGGGUAUAAUAUGGCAAGAGAUUGGUGGUCUGGAAAAUAGUCUGCAGUGAAUCCCCUCACACCCGAAACAUGAAAGCCUGUAAAACAAACACACUUUUCAGCUUUUAUUCAGCUAUUUUUACAUUCCAGCUGUAUAGAUAUUUGGAAAAUUGAUCUUUAUGUCAUGAAUUUUAAAGCCAGAAGUGCCCAAACCCUUUUUUUUUUAAACUGGGCCACCCUUUGAAAAUAUUUCAGACUGUGAUGACUCCUCCCCCCCCACCCCAAAAAAAGUGGUACUCAUCCCUGAAACCAGCUGCCUCCGCUCUCUGCCCACCCAGCUCUGAAGGCAGCACUGCCUCCAGCAGCAGCACAAAAGUAAGGGUGGCAUGGUCUGGCACAACCUUCAGAGCACGGUGCCCAGCCAGCAGCCACCCCUCUCACAGCCUCCCCCACAAUAGCCUUCAACCCCCUUUUGGGUUGGGACCCCCAGUCUGAGAAACACUGCAUUAGAUCAUCUACUCUGAUUUCUGUAUAAUAUAGGCAGGAGAAUCCCCCGCCCAAUCACUCUUGUACUGAGCCCAAUAAUUCACAUUUGACUAGCACAUCUUCCAGAAAGGCACCAGUCUGGAUAUGGAGAUGUCAAGAGAUGGAGACUCCACCACUUCCCUAGGCAGCCUGUUCCGACGGUUAUUCACCUCCCUGUUAAACAUUUGUGCCUUAAUUCUAAUGUGAAUUGGUCUCACUUUAACUUCCACCCACUGAUUCUUUUUCUGCCUUUCUCUGUUAGAUUAAAGAGCCCUUUAGCACCCCGUAUUUUUCCCUGUGAAGGUCCUUAUAUGCUGCAAACACCUCCCAAUUUUCUUUUUGGUAAACUGAACAGAUCAAUCUCUUUAAGAGUCUCACUGUAAUAAGACAUUUUCGAAAUUCCUUUUGCAAAGCCCAUGGCUUGAUCUACACUUAAAAGUUAUGCCAGCAUAGCUAUGUCAUUCACAGGGUGUGAAAAAAAAUCACACCCCUGACUAAUAUAGCUAUGCUGACAAAACCCCCAGUGCAGACGCAGCUAUGUUGACAGCAGAGCACUUCUCUCGACCUAGCUAACGUUGAUCGGAGAGGUGAUGUUCCUACAGUGACAGAAAAACUCCUUCUGCUGGUGUAAGCUGUGUCUACACUAGAGGGCAAUGCCAGAAGAGGCUCUGUAGUGUAGACAUAGUGUCUGUUUGCUUCAAUUCUCACAUCUCCCUGAAGGGGUACCUGUAAACCAGAGAACCCACGAGGUGGGAGCUCUGGAAAAGGGUGUGCUUCUGCUCCUGGGAGUCUGGGGGAGCCAGUAAAGUACUAGUCUAAGGGCCUAUGUAGUUGGUUUGCAGAGUCUCAGCUCUCAGGCGGGGGCAUUAGACAAACCCACAGCUCGAAUUCGUGCCUGGACCCUGUUCAGACUCAGGAAGCUUCAAAACCCAGGGGCCCAGUGUGCAGGAUCCAAAUGAAGAACCUGGUGAGUGUCCAGCAGGGGCCGCUUGACCAGGGCUGUUACAACACCCAACUCCUUUUCAGGGUCACAACUUCCCAGGAUCCAGUCCCCGUUCUGUAGGUAGGCGCUGCGUUCUCUGUGCCUAGUAGCAGAGCUUUGCAUCUGGCCGUGUGAAAACACAUUGUUUGAUUGGGCCCAGCUCUCCGAGCAAGACAGAUCUCUCUGUACAUCUUCCCUGUCCUCAUCAUUAUGUACCACUUUGCCAGUGUUUGUCAUCGGCAGAUUUUAUCAGCGGUGAUUUUAUAUUUACUUCCAGGUCAUCGCUAAACAUAUUCAAUAGUGUCAGGCCUAGAACCAAUCCCCUCUGAAACCUCACUAGACACACCCCUCUUCAGUGACAAUUCCACAUUGACAACUUGCUUUUGUGGAGUGUGGAGUCUCCCACAUCCUAAGUGGAUCCCAUAACCGCUGGGCUAAAGGAUAUCAGGAAGUCUUCCCCACUACCCCCCUGCCCCCUGGCAGUUUUGUGCAGAAUACAGCA